GUGUGCACGCCAAAACACCACGUGACUGGUGACGUCGUUAAGGGCGACAGUUACUGAAAUCAGCAUGUGAGCCGUCUCACUUUGUACUAGUGGGCUGUAAACGAGACGGUAGACUGUAGCUGUUGAAUGAGCCGACGUUAAAACUAUCAAAUCAGAAAGAAACAGAAGCAAAGAAAGGUGCUGGUGCUUUACUGUAAGGCCAAGAUGGAACUGAAACAAGAGACAAGUCAGAUUGAUAUUAUGGAGAAAAUGGCUGUAAAUAUUAAAGAGGAAGAUGACUGUGAAUGGAAGUCUAUCCAGUCUGAACAAGAUAGUCUGGGCAUUAAGGAUGAAGCUUAUGAAUUGAGGUCAUUAGGCAUUAAAGAACAUGCUAAGAUUUCUGUCAACAUUGAGACACAGGAAUGGAAAAUCAUUAAAUAUGGUGAUGUCAAGGUUAAGUCUGAAUCAUUACAUUCUGAAACAAAGAGAAUUGAGGAACUUUCAUCUUUUAAAACUCCUGAAGAUCAACCAUUACCUUCAAAUCAGUCUGAAAAAAGAAACAAGCCUCACUGCUGUUUGGAAUGUGGCAAACAAAUUUCUCCUUUAAGGAAUCCCCGGAGUCACACAAGAAUUCAAACAGGAAAGAAGCAGCAGUGCUGUUUGUCAUGUGGCAAACAAUUUUUAAACAGAAGUACUCUUCAGAAAAAUGCUAAAAUUCAUACUGGUGAUAGGCCAUAUUGCUGUUUGGAAUGUGGCAAACAGUUCUACGACAAGAGUAAUCUUCGGAAACACACUAAAAUACACACUGGAGAGAAGCCAUAUUGCUGCUCUGAAUGUGGAAAACACUUUUCAUUGAAGAGCACCCUUCAGAGACACACAAGAACUCACACCGGAGAGAAGCCAUAUUGCUGCUCUGAAUGUGGAAAACUCUUUUCAUUGAAGAGCACCCUUCAGAGACACACUAAAAUUCAUACUGGAGGGGAGAUGUAUUGCUGCUCUGAAUGUGGAAAACAAUUCUCUCAAGUCACCAGUCUUCAGACCCACACAAGAAUUCAUACUGGAGAGAAGCUGUAUUAUUGUUCUGAAUGUGGUAAACAGUUUUUAAAAAGGAGCCAUCUUCAGAACCACAAAAGAAUUCACACUGGAGAGAAGCCAUACUGCUGCUCCGAAUGCGGGAAAUGUUUUUCUCAAAGUAGUCAUCUUCAGGUUCACAAAAAAAUUCAUACAGGAGAGAAGCCAUAUUGCUGUUUCGAAUGUGGCAAACAGUUUUUGCAUAUGAGCAGUCUUAAAAGACACACUCCAGUUCACACGGGAGAGAAGCCGUAUUGCUGUUCUGAAUGUGGCAAGCAUUUUUCAUUCAAAAGGAUUCUUUUGGUACAUGCAAGAAUUCACACUGGAGAGAAGCCAUUUUGCUGUUCUGAAUGUGGCAAGCGUUUUUCUCAAAGUAGCAGUCUUUGGAGUCACAAAAAAAUUCAUACGGGAGAGAAGCCAUAUUGCUGUUCUGAUUGUGGCAAACAGUUUACAGACAGGAGUGGUUUUCAGAGCCACAAAAGAGUUCAUACAGGAGAGAAGCCAUAUUACUGUUCUGAAUGUGGUAAGCAGUUUUCUCAGUGGAGCAGUCUUCAGAGCCACAAAAGAAUUCAUACUGGAGAGAAGCCGUAUUGCUGUUCUGAGUGUGGCAAACUGUUUUCACACAAGAGCACCCUUCAGAGACACACUAGAAUUCACACUGGAGAGAAGCCAUAUUGCUGUAAUGAAUGUGGUAAACGGUUCAGUCAAAGGAGUAAUCUUCGGAGUCACUUUAGAGUUCAUGCUGGAGGAAAGUCAUAUUGCUGUAAUAAAUGUAGCAAACAAUUCUGUGACAGGGGUAGUCUGAAGAUCCACAAAAAAAUUCACAUUGGAGAAAAGUCUUAUUGUUGUAAUGAAUGUGGUAAACACUUCUGUAGCUGGAGCAGCCUUCAGAGCCACAAAAGAAUUCACACCGGAGAAAAGCCGUAUUGCUGUUUGGAGUGUGGCAAACAAUUCCGUGACAGAAGUACAUUUCAAAGCCACAAAAGAAUUCACACAGGAGAAAAGCCAUUUUGCUGUAAUGAAUGUGGAAAACGAUUCUAUCACAGUGGUAAUCUUCGGAGUCACAUUAGAUUUCACACCAGUGAGAAGCCUUAUUCCUGUAAUGAAUGUGGCAAACAAUUCCGUAGCAGGAGUAAUCUUUGGAGCCACAAAAGAAUUCACACUGCAGCAAAGCCAUACUACUGUUUGGAAUGUGGCAAACAAUUCCGUGACAGAAGUACUCUUCACAUCCACAAAAGAAUUCACACAGGAGAGAAACCAUUUUGUUGUUCAGAAUGUGGCAAACAAUUCCGUGACAGGAGUGCUCUUCAAAGCCAUAAAAGAACUCACACUGGAGAUAAGCCAUAUUGCUGUUUGGAAUGUGGCAAACAGUUUUGUCGCAGGAGUACUCUUAAGAGUCAUAUUAGAAUUCACACUGGAGAGAAGUCAUAUUGUUGUAAUGAAUGUGGCAAACAGUUUUCACGAAGUAGCACUCUUCAGAACCACAAAAGAAUUCACACUGGAGAGAAGCCAUAUUGCUGUUCUGAAUGUGGCAAACAAUAUUCACAGAUGCGCAGUCUUAAGAAACACUCUACAGUUCACACAGGAGAGAAGGAGGAAGCCUCAAAGGAGUAAGUUGGCAGGUGAAGAAGGAAACAACAGAGGAAGUAUGCAAUGCAUCCCUCUACUGAAGUCACAAUGAAUACCUUUAUGUUGGGUGUUUUAUUGUACAACAUAUAUAAUAAAACUCAUCAAGGCAAUCAAUCCUGCAAGUAUGAAUAGUAUCUGUAAUUCAUACUGGUCACUCAUCUCUCAUGGAUAGAAAGGUGCCCAGCCUUUGCCUCAACACUCUGGUAGGUGAUGGUGCAACAUUUUUAGAUGAAGAGAAGACUUCCAAUGUGGUGGUAGUCCAGAUGGACAGUCUUGCUGGCCUCACCACAGUGGAAGUUGAACAACCACAAAACAACAACCUAAGCAAGAAAUUAAAAGGGCUGUUGGAUAGUUGAAGAUUAAGAGGAAAUCAUGUACUACUACUUUUAUGUAACAAAUCCAAAAGGUCCAACUAAAAGAUAUGCCAGGAGGGUUUGCAAAACUUGUAAUCACACCAUCCAAAUUAAGAUAACUAAUGUCAACCUGAGAUUUGUAGUUGGAAUGAAAAGUGAAUAAUUCGGGAGUAAAUAGAACACCCACAAAGAGCAGUAAAAGAUUAAAUAAUGCAGAAGAAAGGCAAGAUCCAAUUAUGAGAACUAAUGAGAGUAGAAUGGGCAAAGACCAGGGAUCCAGAGAAGAGUACCAUCAUAUGGUGUGGUUUUUAUGCCAACAUUAAAGCAUCAAAAACCAGACUAAGUUAAAGGCAGAAAACACAUAUUUGAAAAACUCAGAAAAAAAAAACUCCUAAAUAUGAACGUACACACUUGGAAAAUGAUCAUCAGGUAGAAAGUGAAUGUUCUCAUAAGCAACCAAUUGUCAAAUAAUUACACACAUGUCUUAAAGGAGCUGAAAAUGGAAGGGAUGUGAAUUAUUGUGGAAAGUUCCUCUGUUGAUUGCUUUGGUUCUUGUACAUUAUGUCAUUACAAUUAACUGUAGUGUGUGCAUAAAUGUCAGUUAUAUCUGCUUUAUUAUGUCCAACAUGUACAGCUUUACCUGAAUGUGUGUACAGUGCCCAGCAUAACUGAGUACACACCCAAAAGAUUUUUCAGAAAAUCAUUUAUCUCCCUAUAGAAUUGAUACUUUCUGUGGGAUACUAUACCAUAAAACAGUCAAGAAAAUCUGGUUAAUUAUUUGCAAAUUAGAUUUGUCAGUACAAAAACAAAAUUUAAGUAUGUUUAAGAAAAUUAUUUAAGGCCAGGGCGCAAAAAUUUAGUACACCAUAUUGAAAGUCUUAGGCAUAACAUUUAAUCAAAUGCUAAUUAGCAGGAAUUCAACAUUAAAUGAGUGUAAUCAAUCAUUACACAGGUGACCACAGGAUAUUUGGUAAUUCUUUUUCUUCUUCUUCUUCGGGUUGAUGUGCUUGAUCAACUUUCUCUAUAUAGCUCAGUCCUGCAUCCCCUCACUAGUAAAGCCCUUUUCCUUCAAAUGUUCUUUUACUUUAUCUACCCACAUCCUUUUUGGCCUCCCUCACUUUCUCUUCCCCUGUACUGCCAAUCUCAUCACUCUUUUGCCCACAUAUUCAUUCACUUCUCAUCUCCUGUCCAUGCCACUUUAACCUCCUUUCCUAUACUUAGAUAUCUCUCCCACUUUUGUAGUUUCUCGGUUUGUCACAUUUAUUAUGUUAUUUUUUUUUUGUAACUCCACACUUCCAUAACAACAUUCUCAUUUCUGCCACAUUUAACUUCUUCUCCUGCGAUUCCUUUGUUCCCCAUGUCUCAUCUCUAUACAUCAUUGCUGAUCUUUCAACUGUCUUAAAAACCUUACCCUUAACCUUCACCUUAAUUCUUUAAUCACAAUACUCCUGAUAGCUCUUCCAAUUAUUCCACCUGAAUUGAACUCUAUGGCAUAUCUCUGCAUGUAAGUUUCCAUCUUGGGCUAUCACAUAUCCUAGAUAUUUAAAUUUAUGCACUCCCUUAAAUAGCACUCCCUGAAUACUAACUUCUGAAUCGCCUAUCAUCAUUAAACCUCAAAUAUUAUGUCUUCUUCCAAUUUGUCUUCAUUUCUCAAUCUUUCUGAGCACUUCUCCAUUCUUCCAACUUCUUCUUUUCAAGUGCUACAAAACACAAUGUCAUUAGCAAAAAGCCUUCACCAGGGGGAUUAGUCUUUUAUCCCAUGCAUCCAUAACCAGAUCAAAGAUGUAAGGACUUAAAGAAGAUCCCUGGUGCAGACCUCCUCUAACUGGGAUCUUGUCUGUUACCCCAACACACUGCUUUUAACCUGAGUCCUCACUCCCUCAUACAUAUUCUGGACAAUCCUCAUAUACUUCUCCUUUCUCUCUCAUGCACUCCAAGACCUGUUGACGUGGCAUGCCUUCUCCAAAUCAGUACACACCAUAUGCAAUCCUUUCUGUUUUUCUUGAUGCUGCUCUAUAAGCUAUGCCAAUGCAAAGACUGCAUCAGUUGUUCCUCUCCCUAGCAUAAAUCCAAACUGAUCCUCCACUAUGUGUCUCUUCCCAAAUUUUUAUUGUGGGUGACAUCAGCUUUAUACCUCUAUACUUUGAACAAUUUGGAAUAUCGACCUUCUUGUAAAUGGAUACACCACUGUUCCUCCACUCCUCUGGUAUUCUCUCCUGUUGAAAGAUCUUCUGCAUUAGAUCUCACAACAUAUCUAAUUCCUCUUCUCCUAAACUCUUCCACAUGUCUGGUGGUAUGUCAUACGUUCCUUUUGCCUUUCUAUUUUUUCAUUAUUUUUAGUGCCUCCUUUAUUUCCUUUCUCUUAAUUCUUGUUACCAGACCUUCAUUUGGGAGUCCAUCCCCAAAUACUACUCUUUCUUCAUUCGACAGCUUUUGAAAUUUCCUCUUCUAUUCUUGAUCCUAUCAUGCUCACUCAAGACCACAACUGGCUCAUCUUUCAUCUGCUUUAUCUGACUAAAAUCCUUUCCAGCCUUGUUCAUAGCCUUCACUAUUCUAAAAAUCAUUCUGUCUCCCUCUUUUGUCUCCAACUUUUCAUGCACCUCCUCUAAAGCUUGUGCCUUGGCUCUGGCCUCUGCCGUUCUUUCCUUCCUUGUUUGUCUGUCUAUACCUUUUUCUAUCUUUCUCCCUCCCUAAUUGGAACCAUGUCUUAUUAGCCUUUUUUUUUACAUCUUGCACUUUUCUGUUUCACCACCAUGUGUCUUUGUCCCCUGGUAGGCUCCUUCCUGUCAUCCUAUCCAAAACCUCUUUACCUGCUCUUAAUACAACUUUGCUAUUCUUCUCCCAACAUUCCUCCUAACUAUUACCAGAUCAGAUCCCAUGAUAAAAUCUACUAUUCUUUCCACUUCCCCAUGUCUGUCCCCUACUCUUCACCCACCAUGUUACCCUUACUACCAUAUCUCUAGUCUUUCUGACAUGCCCGUUUAGAUCGCCAUCAACAAUCAUGUUUUCUCCCUGUUGUAUCUUGCUAAGCUCUUCAUCCAUUUGUGCCCCAAAAAUAUCCUUCUCCUCAUCCUCAUAGCCCACCUGAGGACUAUAUGCACAAAUAAUAUUAACUACAGUUUCACCAAAACUCAGCUUGACACUAGACAUCCCAUCAUUCCUCAUAUUCACACUGACAAGAGCUUUUUUCUUGUUCUUUGGAUACUACUCAGCCUGCACCAUUCCUCACUUGUUUCACUGUACAACUUAAAGCCUCCUCCCAAUUCUCUUGCCUUAUUUCUCUUCCAUCUAGUUUCAUGUACACACUACACUCCCACUUUCCUCUGUUCCAUCCAAUCUGCCUACUUUCUUCUUUUCACAGUCAUUGUCCCAACAUUCAGUGCCCCCAAUCUUACCUUUAAUUUACCCUUUCUUUCCCCUCCUGUCUCCUCGGUAGCACUUGCUCACUUCCUACAGGUGUCAGGUGAGACCCCUGUGUGUCACCUACAGGUACACUAACCCUCGCUGUUUAUUUGAGCUUGGGAUUGGCACUAAAUUGGGCUGGUUUGCCCACAUCCUGCACCCCAAAGCCCCCGGUUGAGAUUACCAGAUAUCUGACCAUUAAGGGUGGUAUUUAACAAGUAAAAUACCCUCAAUAACAAUAAUGGCACCGCAUUGAAGAGAAACAUCAUAAGACUUGAAGAAAGUAAUUUCAGUAAAUAAAAAGGUCAAGGCUACAAGAGAAUUAGUAAAGUGUUGCUAAUCAGUAGGAAUACAGUAUGAAAAGUGAGUUAGAAAUUCAAAAAGGAAGGACUUGUUGCAAGCUCUCUGAGAUGUCUAGGACAUCCACAGAAGCUAACACUUCAACAUGAGUGUUUUGUGAUAAGAAGAUUUGAGGAAAAUUGCCAUACAUGUUCAUCACAGUUAACUAAAGCAGUAGAAAUCCAAAUUGGGGUGACACAAUAUGACAUGCACUUUAUUGGAGUGGCAUGCAAAGGUGUUGUGCACAAAAGCCAGCCGCUGCUAAAGCUUAUGCACAUAAAAUCCAGUUUAGCAUUUGCCAGGGCCCACGUUGACAACAAUGAAAACUACUGGAACUCUAUACUUUGGAGUGAUGAGAGAAAGGUAAAUCAUUUUGGAACUGAUAGCAUUCAAACUGUAUGGAAUUGCAAGGGUGAGGAGUACAAUGAAAAAUGCAAGGUGCCCACAGUAACGCAUGGUGGUUCAGCAUGCUUCUCUGGGCCUGUAUAAGUACUGCAAGGAAUUGAACUUAAUUGAUAUCAUUGUGUGUUCAAAGAUGUACUGUUAAAUACUGAAGGAGAAGAUGCUACCAUCUCUCUGUGUGCUGGGUCACCGGGCAUUCUUUCAACAUGAUAAUGAUCUAAAACAUAUAUCCUAGGCCAUUGACACAUUUCUGGGGAAGAAAAGGGUGAACGUGAUUCAGUGGCCAAGCGUGACACCUGACCUCUACCCAACAGAACAAUUGUAAGGAGUUCUGAAAAGAAAAGUUGAUUAUCAUUUUCAAUCCAGCAUCCAGGCUCUGAAAGAGUUAAUUCUCCAAGAAUGAAAAAAGAUAGCCAUGACCGUAUGUUGCCAACUUGUUCAUUCAAUGUCUAGAAGAGUUGGUGCUGCUCUUAAAAUCAUGGAGGUUAUAGAAAAUAUUUGAUUUGGUGGAAUUUGUUGUAGGGUGUAUUUAUUUUGGCAACAACUCAUUGAAAUCAGAUGUUUUAUUUUCUUAUUCUAAUGAUGUUGGCGACUCAGCUUUUAUGUUGUUAAUAAAGUAUGUGUUUAAUAAAACUCAGUUUUGUCAUAUUUCUGCUAAUUGUUCUGGUAUUCACUGAGAAAUAAAUAAGUCUUAAUUUUUGAAA